CGAGCGUAGAACGCCAUCGACUGUAUUGGUUUGGAGAGCGCUGUGGUCUACUCUACUUGAGCGGUUGAACGCUCUGUGCUUUUAAGUCACACACAAUCUUUAUCUAGUGAAAACCAAGACGCGGGACAUCUUCGUAUCUCUUUUUAAAGAUCGAUUUAUAUUUUUUGGUUGCAUUACAAGUGACAUAAUGUGAUGACGAAUUACAGUCUGUGACAGAAGGAUAUUUAUGCAUAUUAUUUCAACUUCUGUGGAAUUUGUACAACUUACACGUGCGUGUGUAAGAUAAAGUUAUUUUAUUAUUUAACUACAGUUUUAAUUUCGAUGGCGUUAUCAGGUUAUUAUAAUUGUUUUCCUUCAUCAGAGAUUGAAAUUUAAUUAUUUGUCUGUUCAGCAAAUAUUAUUUUUAUUUCAUAGAUAUACCUCGAACUGUGAACCGUAUUCACGCAGUGAACGUAUCCGGAGUGUACAAAGGAUUUUCACACUAGUGACUUUUAGGUGAUAGAGGAAGAGACCUGUCGGGUACAAUAUGGAUAUGAAUUAUGUAUAUCAUUCCCAGAUAUAUGAAAUAUAAGACAAUAUCCUACAGAGUGUUGACUGAUUUCCAAAGCCAAUGGUCACGGAUGAUGGAAAGGAUUAUUAGAAGUAUUGAAAAAGUUAAUUAAAUUCGCAUUAUAUAUUCAUUAAGCAAUGGAGCUUUAUGUCGGUGUAUUAGGCUUAUGGACUCCGUAGUAUCGCAGCCGUUGUCAUACCAUAGUACGACACCAUGUCAGAAAUCUUCAGGGAGAUAGGCAUUUCAUAUAAUGGCAUGUUCAUAAUGUGAAAAUUGCGAAAUCCAGCUGGUUUUUCAGACAAUGUUUUAAAUGAAAUCACAUCAGCUGUUAUCAUGGAGAGGUUCCUAUGAAAAACAAAAUUGUUUGUGUGUUUAACAAUCAUCUACUUCACACAUCAAUGGAAUAGUUCAAACAACUAAAUUACUGUUGGAAACACUUUACAAGUUCUGUGAAAUGUGAAACAGCAUAUUUUGUUAAUUGGAGUUUCGUAACCGACAUUACUUUGUGGAGUAUUUAAGAAACUUUAAUAUGAGUGUUUUAGUAUAUAUAUUUUUUCUGAAUCUUUGAAAUUGACGUCACCAAGAGCGACAAUAAAUAACAAAGCACGACAUAUCACAAGAGACAGUCGGGUUUUUUCUGGAGUUGAAUCACUUUUGGAACCAAUACAAUAGUAUUAUGGUGUGAAAUCAUCCAUACAUUGGUGUUGCUAUGUGUAUUUCAAUUCGAUUGUUUGGUGUGGAGCUACGAACCAUGGAUCUUAUAGGACAUAGUGUGUGUUUUUCCUACUGUAGGAGGAUUUUUUAUCUGUGUCUUACCAUUUUCAUCGCUCUCGUGACAGGUUACGAACGCGUAGCAAAAAUCCCUCGUUUUAAAUUUGUGGAAGCUAAUUUGACCUAUGUACAAGGAGAAAUGGCGGUGUUAAAAUGUGCAGUGGAAAAUUUGGGGACGAAAUCGGUUGCUUGGCGAAAACUUCCAUAUAUCACGCCAAUAUUGGUGGGAGAAAGACGAUUCGCGGCAGACGAGCGGUACUCAGCCAAUCAUGUACCGUAUAGAGAUGAAUGGAAUUUGUGGAUAAGAAACGCUCAAACGUCAGACACAGGCAUUUAUGAGUGCCAAGUCAGUUCAAAACACAGAACAUUACGACAAAAUAUUUCAUUAUUAAUAAUAGAAAGAAGAUUUAAAAAAGCAAUAAAUAUAACGGGAGCUCGCUAUGUCGAGCGAGGGAUGCCGCUACUCUUAGUAUGUAAUGCUACAGGAGAGGACUUCCCACCAGAUGAAAUACAGUGGUUUUUUGAUGGUGAAAAAUUACAAAGUGAUUCAAGGAAACGUUUACGAAUAACAGAUGAAGUUAAUUUGAUAACACAUACUUUAAAAAGUACACUCGAAAUAAUGUACGCUUCAAUGAGUGAUACAGGAAAUUACGUAUGUCGAUCGUCAGCGAGGCUCACGACGGGGGUCCGAGUGGAAGUGUUAAAUGGUACGCCUUCAAUGCAUGGCUCGCGAGGAGGAGCUGGCAACAUCCCACCAAGAAAAAGAGGAACAUUUAAUCAAACAACCAGAGUGGAAAACACCGUGCAACAGGGGGUGCAUGAUGUAGCAGUUAUACUACGAUCAACGACCGGAACAAUAUUGUGUCUCAUAGUUUUACAGUACAUUAUUAAAAGUUGGCAGCUCAGAUUAUGAUACAAAGGACUACUUACAAUAUUCUGCUGUCAUUACUGACCAAAUGAGCUAUCAUUACCUAAAUAUGACGUCAUCUAUUACAACAUAAUCUUUGACAUCACUACGAGACAAAUGAUGACGUCAUUCAUUAAGGAUAAGUGAUAGUCAAUCAAGGUUGAAUUGUCUUCGUCAUUUUGUCAGUUAAAAGGAGGCAUCAAAAUAUUUGCGCGUUUGCAAACCCAUGACAGACAUGCAAAUGCUAGUGAUAUCCCAUAGGAAAUUUGGGUUCAGAAUACAAAUCACUAGAGAUAGGGCUACACUACAUUGUAUGCCAGACAAGUAAAGUCUGAUCACGGAUGCAUCUGCAACUUCUCCAGAGAUGGAUGAAAGGUAUACUAAAGUGUGUAAAAGCACCAUGAAGUCACAAAGUACCACUCAAUUUUUAUCACAUCUGUUUAUGUAUCUUGAAGAGGAUCUCAAUCAUCGAUUCGAGAAGGACGGAAUUCAGAGUGUAAUGUUUGCAAGAUUUGUCGGAAGAACCGGCGACUUAUAGCGUGUGGCGAUAAAAAGCCAAUUUGAUGGACUUCGUGAUUUGUUGGAUUGGACGUCUGAAGGAAUUCCUUCGAGAAGGCGGUUUUCCUGAUAUUAAGGUUUAAAAGCUCACCAGAGGAAACUGUACUGAACUUCUAAAUUGUGCUUGAUGAUAAAAAAAACCUCUUUUGGUUUGAUGAGAACAUGUUGCAAUCUUGUUUGCACAAUGUGUCUUGAAAAAUUACAUAAGAUUGACAUGCGCACAUUAUUGGUCAACACAAAUCCAAAAUAUCAGCAAGAAUAAUGUCAUAUAAUUUGAUGUUGAAAAGUUAAAUCCGACCGGAACUGAACUGUUUACUAUACAGUGUCGUCUUGGUAACAUACAAUGUGGAUUAUUGUAUGUUUGAAAAUACCCAAUAUGACGUAUACUCUAUAUUAAUAUUCAUUCCGGCAAUGACGUGGGACUUAAAUGGGUUCAUACUUUAAUUACGUAUGUAAACUUCAGAAUCAAUCAAGGUCAUCAUGACUCUUCUACUUUAGGAACAUGUGAUACAUUAUUUACUUGAAUGCUGUUGUCCUUGCUUGGCCUAGCCAUGAUUUUACAUGGCUAAUUAGGUUGAAGGAUAAAGAGUAUGGAUCCGUAGGGAAAUGAACGACCUUGCUUAGAGAUCCAUCUACAUCCCAUACGUGUACAAACCUGCGCAGUCUCAGUUGAACAUGUUAGAGUCACGAGUCAUCCUCUACAUUUUUUGUCAUUGUUUAUUUUGUAAAUUUCACUUAGUCACCCGACACAUAUGACACACCUGAAUGCAUGGAUGUAAGCGUUUUAAGAGAUCAUAUAUUUGCAGAUCGACUACGUCAUAAGAACAUUUAAUGUUUACUAAUAACGCCCUACUCUCUACUUUUUUUUAAAAAUAACGCUUCAAACAUAGAUAUCAAAUAGGUUUUUCUUAGAAA